AUGCAGCAACUGAGGCGCCUCAGCUUUUUCGAUAGAAGCAUCGUCGAGAAGGCCCGUUUCGCUCCUUCCACAUGCAAUGGAUCGGCCAUUUCCAGUGGCCAAGGAUACGCUACGACCACCGAUUUGCUCCCUCCUGCUCUGGUGCAGCAACAGGGCGCACCGGCAGGGCCCUCUCGUAUGUCCCCCUUACCGUCUUCCAACAUAGUGUGUACUGCGGGAACGGAUGAUUGCCUAUGGAUGGGGGAUGACACAGGCGUCUUGCACACGCUAGACCUAAACUUCCAGCUGAAGUCUCGGAAGAGCUUCGACAUCUGUUUCGUUGCGAUGCAUGCGGCACUGCAGGCGAGCUGCAUUGUAUGUAUCGGGCGAGAUGCCCCUACUGAUAAGCCAGGUAGCACAGGCGCUCCAUUGGAGGGUUCAGGAGACGCUGAAGACGUACGGACUCGCCAAGGAAUCUUGAAGUACAAAUGCUACAGCACCACCCAGGUAGACGGCAGGGGUAAUCCUGUGUUACUGCGUGAGGCGGGGCUUUUCUCCAAGAUUCCCGAGCAGGUCUUGCUGUGCUCAGAUAUCAACCAGAAUUUUACAAUGCUGGCCGUUGGCACGGAAGGUGCGGGCAUCUGUCUUUUCCGCGGCAAUCUCCUCAGAGAGAAAACGUGUCGACUGCGACUAAUGAAAGAAAACGACGAGACUGUCACGAGCGUUCGUUUCUUGGCUUCGCCAGCGGAUGCAAAAGUUCACUACAUGCUCGUCUGUUACACCACUUCAAUAAAAUGCUACUCCAUACCUCUGCGAGGGGAGCCGAAGGUCUCGCACACAGACAUUGUUCCGGCUGCGUCUCGUUUAGUUGUAAGCGUACUGCCUUCUCUCGGCACGUUUGUUGUGCAUCAUGACGAGGGGAUCUUUUGCGUCGAUCCAGAUCAGGGUAACUUGUGGGCACUUCCAGCGGAAGGACGCUGCCACAUCUUGGCCACCCACAGGUCCUAUAUAGUCUCCGUCACAACAGAACAAGCUCCUGCCGGCGGCGAACUGACCAACGCGGGCUCGUCCGAAGGCUCGACCGAACCUUUUCCAUUGUUGUCAAAAAAUGCUAAACACGAAACACUAACAAUUCACCUGUGCUACCCUGACUUGCGUCUCAUAGCAUAUUCUUCGCAAAUGCGGGGUGUUAUGCACGUGGUCUCGGCAAUGGACACCCUGUUCGUCAUCGCUCGAGGGGGUUCAACUGAUUGUAACGUGCUAUUUGAUGUGAAGGAGAAGAGUUUUGAUGAGCGCCUGAGCAUCCUGCUGCGGAAACGACUGUUUAACUGGGCCGCUGAAGUCGCAAUUCAAGAUCAUCAGCCUCAGCAAGUUUUGCAGGAAGUGUAUCGGCUUCAUGGAGACUGGCUGUACUCCAAGAACAUGCCUGAUAAAGCCGUAGAAAUGUAUAUAAAGACGAUCGGAUUCCUGGAGCCGUCUGCGGUUAUUCAGAAACUACUCGAUGCCCAAGAAUUGAGGCAUCUUGCACUCUACUUGCUCCACCUACACCUAGCAGGUUGCGCCAUGCAACAGCAUACGCUUUUGUUUUUCAAGUGCACUUCCAGGUUGAAAGACGAUUCGCUCCUCGCCAGUUUCCUGGAAGACCCGCGCAUCAGCAAGACUUGCUGUCUCACGGUUGCACUUAACGAGUGUCGAUUAAACGGAGACACGGAACUCGCUUGCAGGAUUGCCAGUCGUCAUGGAUAUCAUGACGAGCACCUGUCGUUGCUCUUAGAAACUCAGGAAUUUACAAAAGCCGUCGAUCUCUUGAAGCAGGUUGAUGCGCCAACUGCGUGCUCCCUCUUGCUAAAACACGGCAGCACCCUCCUCAGGCACAGCGCAAGUGACGUGCUUCUCCUCUUGAGCCAGUUUAUUAAGGACUACCACACCAGCGUCGAGGUUUUCAUCCCGCUCUUUGUGGAUGACUCUGAUUUGCUUCUACUCUUUCUUUCGUUGUUACUGCAUGGAGUGCCGGUGGCGAGGCGCUUAGUUCCGCAGCACGAAGCUCUUUGCAUUAACUCAAGAUUGAAUGCGGCAAUUGAGGAGGCACGUGUGGCGAUCUCUGCCAAUCCAUCAAUAUUUGGGUGCACCGCAUUUUCCUCACUUUUGGAGUUGCUGCUUCGUAAGUGGCACGCGUCGCAUCUUUCUCAUCAAGGAGAGAGUGGAGGUGCGGACAGUCUGGUAGAUGGCCAUCGCGGUUCUCAAGGCACUGGUAUUGAAGGAAAAUCUUUGGAAAUGUCGUCCUUGCGCACGGAAAUACUUUUGAAAACUCUUAAGAGCCGAUCAAUGACACAUGAAGAACAAUUCCGUUCAACUGUACUAUGCACGAUUUUUGGAUUUGAAGAAGGAGUGGCACUUGAGUGCGAGAAGCGGGAUGAGCUACAGCUUCCAGUCGCGUACUUCGAAGCCACCGAUGACAUUUCAAGCCUUCUUCGGUUCUGUAUGAAAAAUGGAUCUAAGGCUCCCAUACUGUGGACACAGACAUUGAACAUACUUGCUUCUCGAAGAGGGACCGAGCGUCAAAUCCGAGAAGUACUCAUGCACAUCGAGCGGUAUCGCCUGUUACCACCUUUGACAGUUUUGGAGAUUUUGCAGCAGAGCCCGGCAGUCACACUGGAUGCUGUUAAGGACUACUUCCUGCGAGCGAGUGAUGACCUCAGUGAUCAAUUGGAACACUCCCAUGAGCUUUUGCAAAGUGAUAGGGCGGAGGUUUCGCACAUGGCGGAGGAAAUUGAACGUUUCAGGAACCAAGCCCAAGUUUUCGACUCAGAACGUUGCGACUUUUGCUUCCUUCCAAUCGAGCUCCCUUCCAUUCACUUUCGCUGUGGUCACUCGUUCCACAUCUACUGCUUGAGCAGCAACGGCGAUAACAAAAUGAGUGCAGCUCAAGCGUCCGGACUGUCUCAUUCUUCAUACUUGUGUGCUAUAUGCACGCCUCAGUUCAACGCCAAACGGUUGCUGCUCACGCAAAGGGAGGCAGAGGCAUGUAACACAGAUGACUUCUUCAAGUUUCUCCGAGGGUCAACAGAUGGAUUUGACUUUAUACUGAGCUGUUUCGGCCGUGGCUUGUUCCCAUCGCCACUGACAAAAAUUGACCCCACCAAAGACCAAACAGGGCUAGAUUCUUUAAUUCGAAAUUGUGCUUGCAUGAAAGCAAGCAGAAAAGUAGAUUUGCUUCCGGAAAAUUUUCAGUAUCAUUCGUUGCGCGUGCCUGGGCCGUGGGGUCUGGACUCAUCUCAAGACUUUCCAAGCAUCUUUCCGCACCAGACAACCGACAAGCUGUGA